AAAGUCUUUACGUUAAUAUAUUAAAAAUCGUUAUGCAUAAAAAAUUGUCUCACCAAGAUGAAAUUCAGAAUACCUUACGAAGGUAAUAAGCAAGGUUGACCUCUGGCGAUUUGUGGACAACCGGUUCUUCCUGACAAAGCUUUGUUGGACCGUAGUGCACGUGCGCGAUCUUUUGGGAGCAAAUCCAGCUGAUGUCAGGCAUAGACCACGGGUAAGUUCAGGGACGUCUUUGCUGAACACACGGAUGUCACAAAUAUCCUAUCCACGCUUCAGCUGACGACGUCGAGCCCGACUCGGCUGUCCCAAACAUUUAUGUCGCGCGAUAUUCCUUUACCGUCGCCCUCUCUAUCACCAAUUCCGAUCCGACUGAUAUCUUCUUUUCUGUCCGUAUAGGCGGGAACCCUGUCCCCAUCGAAUCUUCGAUGAUAUCGGCGGCGCCUUCGCUAUGGGAGCUGUCGGUGGCGGCGCAGUGAACCUUUUUAAGGGGAUCUACAACUCCCCAAGUGGGCGUCGUCUUCCGGCCGGAUUUGAUGCGAUCAGGCGCGAGGCGCCGAAGAUUGGUGGCAGCUUUGCGGUUUGGGGCGGUUUAUUUUCUGCAUUCGAUUGUACGCUAGUAGCACUUCGUCACAAGGAAGACCCUUGGAACCCAAUUUUAUCUGGCGCACUCACUGGUGGCGUUCUGCAAGUUCGCUAUGGCUUUUCUUCAGCCGCGAGGUCUGCGGCGUUUGGAGGCCUCCUUCUCGGCCUGAUUGAGGGGGUUAGCAUCAUGCUUAACAGGAUGACGGCUCCUCUGCCAGAACAGUCCGUUUCCCUGGACACCCUUUCAGAAACGUCGACAUCGGGAAGUAAAGUGGAAAACGUAUCAGAUAUCAAGUCGGGCGGCUCACAGCCUGCCUCCAUAGAUACUACCUCUAGGCCAGAAACUGGGGACACAUGGGGCAGUGCUUUCGGUGCCUUUCGUCAACAUAAAGAGAGGGCAAAUGCGAAAUGACGACGCCAGGUUCCGUAUUUUCACUUUUCCAGCACAAAGCUGUUAUGGCUUAACCACUAGGAAAAGGGUCGUGUGGCUAUCCAUUUACGCGCCCAAUCACUCUAAUGGAGACGUUGCUCUCGCUCACAAGUGACGUAAUUGAAGAGUAACUAUCAUUACCGAAGGCGUAGCCAUCAAAAGAAUCAAGGAAAAGCCCAGAUCAUCUUUCGGAGUUGCCUUUGAUAGUUGAUAGGAGGAUGACGCUGGAGGAGAUAGUGGUGGGGGAGGAGAGCUCGGCGGGCGAGGGGAUCCAGGACGUGCCAGGCACACCUCGCGUUUUUCGUCCCUCGAGUAGGCGGACUUAGCGUUCAAUCGGGUGCAGUUGAACCAAUCCGUAAUGUUUCCCAAAUAAUAAUCCAAAAUAGGUGACCCACCAAGCGAAACAUUCAGCGCCAACACCAGUUCAUUUUUGCACUCUUGCACCUGAGAGUCGUUGCAGAAGCUAAAGCACGGAUAUCUUGGGACCACCAGUGGCUGCAGGACAAAUUCACUGUUAGACUGAUCCAGCCCAUUUGAGCUCUGCUCGCUGGAUGGAUUCGGCAGAAAAGCCGCUUCUUGUUCUACUCUGACAGUAACAUUCACAUCCUGCAUGCAGCUGUGAUAGUUACUUGUGCAGAUGUAAUACAAGAGAGGAAAGAAACAAUCCCCAGGACUGUUAAGAUCAUACAAAUGCGGUUCCUUCCGAUCCGCGUCACGGAAUACUUGAUGGAUGAGAUAUGCCAAGUUGUCUGCAAACAAUGAGUGAUCUUCCGUUUGACCAAAAAAAGGUUCGGAGGUGUCCAUGCUGAGUCCGGGAGGCCAGCUUUCACGUUCAUAGAGAGGAUUUUCGCGGUCUAGCGCACAAUUCUUUAUCAGAAGUGAGGCAUUGCAAAUGCCCUGAGACAGCUCUGCG